UUGGUUAAAUAGUCUAAGGUUUCUAAAAUGAUCUUUAGCACAUCGUUUUAUUAUUUAAAUCUCCUUUGUAUAUUAUAACUUUCUACUAGAAUUCAGGUAUGUUUGAAUUUAGCACAAACCCUACUAUCGAGGUACUUCGAAAAGAUUGUGAGAUAUUCAGAUAUGAGAAAAUGAAGUGGGGUUCAUGGCAAACUGCAAGAAAUUUGUUUCUUGCCCUUGUUGGUGAACUAGGAGAACUUUCUACUGAUGUUGCUGCUAACGAAGGAUUUGCUAACCCUAAAGAUUGCAGUGACAAUGAAGAGGAUGAAGAAGUUAAUGUUGAGAAUACCGCAGACAGCAAGGAAAAAGACCCUACAGUAGAAACUGUUUUGUGUGAGCUUUCUGAUGUGUUCAGUUACCUGAUAUGUUUAGCACAGGAAUGUCAAGUUGAUCUUGCAAUCCCUGAUUCAUGCAGAAAUAGUAAACCGUCUUCUAGUUUUUCUGAUGUUGCUUGGAAUGAGAUUGAAGUAACAGCCUUUUAUCAGACUGUUAGGAUUUCUGAGAAGACUAGCAUAAUCAAAGAUUUCCUGAGCCUGUGCUUUUCUACUUCCAAACUGAAUGAUGUUUUUCAAUGGAUAACUGUUGAAAAGAAUCUUAAGAAUUUUUCUGUGGAUAAGCAGCAAACUGUUGACAAGAUUUUGAAACAAGUUUUCUGUCAUGUAGUUGUCAUUGCUUCGAAGUAUGAGUAUGAUUUACCGAAAUUAUUGGAAGAUAAGAAUGCUAUGAUCGCAGAAAAAUAUUCUAAGCACAUUGGAAGAUUAACAAAGGAUGAUGUUAUCGAAAGUCGAUAUUCAGAUCUCCCUAAUUUUUACCUUGAUGCAGAUACCCCUGGCCAUGAUUAUCUUCUAGAUAAGCCAGUGAACGACUUGAAAGUAUCAGCUGAUAAUCUAGUAUGUAAGCUUAUGGAGUCAAUCGGACUGAUCGCUGAAAUAUUCCAGUGGGACACAGAUGGUACAGAAACUGUUUUCUCCCCAGCAAAGCAUGCACAUCUGUGCAACCAGCUUUCCAUGAUAAUCAAUGUAUUAAGAACUCUCGCCCAAGUUCACAAGAUCUCUUUUUCAGAUGCAUUCAACAAGAAAAUGCAUAAAAAUAGAGCAAAAUAUCCAGUUGGUAGUGGCAGUGGCAUUUUCAUCAAAUAUAACGAAAUGAAAGGCAAAGUGCCUAACCUCCCCUCUAGUGAUGCUUUAGAGUCAGUCCAUACAUAUCAAACAGUUUCAACAAUUGGUGGUGCUGCCAUGGCAAUGCAAUCUUUCGUAGAAGAGAGAAAGUGGCAAAAAUACCAUAAGCAUCCCCGUAAUCUGACUUUAGCUUUGUUCGGGGAAAUUGGUGAAGUGAUUGAGCUUUUUAUCAUGAAAAAAGGGACAACUUUUGAUCAAUGUUUGGGGGAUGAACUAUCAGAUUGUGUGGCGUACGCAGUACAGCUGGCUAGUUGUUGUAAUGUUGACUUAAGUGCAGCCAUGACGCAUUAUUUUCCGUAGUAAUUUAUUUGUAUUUUGUCUUCCAGAAAUUCCUAAAUUUUUAGAAUGUAGUUUAUGUUGACCAUUUACCUUAUCGGACCUUAUUUGGGCAGAGACUACGUGGACAUAAAUUUGGUUGGAAAUAAUUAUUCACUUUCAUUUGGGCCGAAAUUCUCCUUAGCGUCGAUGCAAUGUCCGACCAAGUAAAAUUCGAUAAGGUAAACACAUUUGUAACAGUACCGUUUCAUUGGACUAAAAUUUAUAGAUUUUUAGCGUAUUUUUAGUUUUAAUUUUUAACGUAUUUAUGACUAUGUUCAAUUUAUCAAUUACAUUGUUUUUAUUGUUACAUUAUAAUUAUUCAACUACAUUAUUCUAUCC